AUGCAGGCCGUCACUAUCAAAAAACGCAUAAGGCCAGCCAACCUCAAAGUUGGCGUAGAGCUCGACCGAGAUCUCUUCAACGCUGGUCCUGAGCCGUAUCUUGCUGGCGCGCCACAAAUCAACGCAAAGGCCGGGAAUCGCGUCAUCUUUAUGGCCCACUGGCGGGUCGACGCCCCGCUCACAGAUGGACAGCUCGUACAAAUUGCCAUGGAUGGCUACAUGGACAUGCUCGAAGGCAUCAAGCCAGCGACUUAUGGUAACCAGAUCGGAACCAGCAAGAAAGCUCUCCCCGGCGUGAUAACGGUCUUCCACUGGGACAAUGAAAUUAUCAUCGCCAGCUCGCAAAGUAAAGGUCUCCCGCUCACGUACACACGCAACCAACAUAUCCUUGAGCUCGUCCAGCAGUGUAUUCAACCAAAUGACGCAAAGUCCGCGCAGGCCAAGUGCGGAGAGAUGAGCGCCGCCCAGCUCUUCGUGCAUCUGUACCCGAAUACUGUUAUUAGUACGAAGGCCAUCGUUAGCGUUACGGUUCAAGGCGACGAAGACAACCCUACGGCUACCACAAUGGAGACUCUCACUAGGAAUGGAAUCAAAGCACCAUGCUCUCAUCCUGCGGGUAAUGGCUGCGACCGAAUUAUCGGUCCUGGCAAGGUCAUUCGCAGGGAGGUCCCGGUAGGCACCGCGCCGGCUCCCUACUCCAAAAGCGGCUGGACUCAGAGCGAUGCUCCGCAAAUAUCCUUCGUUUUACCUUCAGCUCAAGUAGAGCAUGCCUAG